UUGUUUAAUAACAUUGGAUUACGCAAGCGAGCAGGCGGAGAGGAGUGUCGAUCAUCAACGCGGCGGAAUUCAUUCCAUGGUAAUAGUCAACAAAUAGACUCCCCGAGGAGAAUAAAACAAGUCGGCUGUAUCUGAAAAUAUAUAAGGUGAUUCCAUCGCUCUACAUCCAGCACUUGUCCUGUAUUUCUGCUGUCAGGGUGAUGUCAAUAGCCUAUCUUGCCCGCCUGGCAAGGUGCAGUGGGCCCCAUGUUGGACGCAGCGGUCUUUCACAAAUGGCCAUGGUGCCACUCCCAUUAAAGCAGGACAGCCACCUUCAGUCCACCAUCCCCCUGAGGCAGAUUUAUACCCCUUCGGGAAACCGACACAGCAGCACACGCUUUGAUGCAGACAGCAGUGGGCGUCCCACCACCUGGGACUCAUUUGGUAUCUGGGACAAUCGCAUUGACGAGCCCAUCCUGCUGCCCUCAAGCAUCCGUUACGGCAAGCCCAUUCCCAAGGUCAGUCUUUCCAAGGUGGGGUGCGCCUCGCUCAUCGGGCAACGCAAGGAGAACGAAGACCGCUUCCAACUGUCUCAAAUGACUGACAGCAUCCUCUACUUUGCUGUGUUUGACGGGCACGGCGGGCUGGAAGCGGCAGAUUUCUGUGACAAAUAUAUGGAGAAUUUUAUCAAGGACCUUGUGGCAGAUGAGGACAAUCUUGAGUUGGUGUUAAAGAAAGCCUUCCUGGAAGUAGACAAAGCUCUCGCAAAGCAUUUGCACCUCUCAAGUGCGCCUGGGAUAAAUGCGGGCACCACCGCCACCGUAGCGCUGCUGAGGGACGGCAUUGAGCUGGUGGUGGCCAGCGUGGGCGACAGCCGCGCCAUGCUGUGCCGCAAGGGCAAGGCGCUCAAACUCACUGUGGACCAUACUCCUGAGAGGAAGGAUGAGAAGGAGAGGAUCAAGAGGAGCGGGGGCUUCAUCACUUGGAACAGUCUGGGACAGUCAAACGUCAAUGGCAGGUUGGCUAUGACACGAAGCAUCGGAGACUUUGACUUGAAGAACAUGGGGGUCAUUGCCGAGCCAGAGACCAAGAGAAUAACGCUGUCCCACGUCCACGACUCUUUCCUGGCACUGACCACUGAUGGCAUCAACUUCAUCAUGAACAGCCAGGAGAUCUGCAACGUCAUCAACCAGUGUCACGACCCCAAAGAGGCAGCACAGCGCAUCUCUGAGCAGGCUCUGCAGUACGGCUCAGAGGACAACAGCACCAUCAUCGUGGUGCCCUUUGGCGCCUGGGGGAAGCACACCAAUUCAGAGACAAGCUUCUCCUUCAGCCGAAGUUUCGUGUCCAGCGGGCGGUGGGCGUAGUCGUGGUGGUGGUGGUGGAGGGUGGUGGGCAGGCAGGGGAUGCUUGGGUGAAGGGGUAUGUGCAAUGCAGUCAACAACAGUGCCCUUGAUGUGAAAAUAAUCUGUGUGUGUUCUGCCCAGCUCUGUGAGGUUUGUUGAAUUGGCAAAGUGCACUCAUUGACAAAGUCUUUACCCCACGCUUUUUGUAGAACGAGAGCAGCGUUGCCCAACCAAUUCUGGAAAAAUCUCACUGCGCACCACCAAGCGUGCCAUGGCUUAUUCAGUUGUAUGAAUGGCAACAGGUGGAUUAUGUACCUGCUGCCAUCUAGUGAAAGAACAUUUAAUGGUUCUGCCUGUCGCCAUAUCGUCACUGGCAUCGAUAACUGAACAAUUAUACAUUAUUUGUCGUAAAUAAUCAUUUUCAGACCAAUUAAGUUGAAAUUGGAUCAUUUCUUGUGGCACAGGGUCUUUUAUCUUGUCCAACACCCACCCCCAACCAUCACGUACAACUUCACCUGAGACAUCAGCAUAUCUCUUCUGCUUAGUGUGCAAUGAAAGUUUAACUAACACCAAAAAUGGGUUUUAUUCGAAGCAGAAGUGAGGCUAUAUAUUUGCAACAUAAAGCAGGAUAGAUGUCUGUUUGCUGGCUGCUGAGCGCAAUAUGACAGAAAUCAUUUUAAAGUGACCUGCAUCACGACAGUAUGCCAUUUAUUGUUUUUACAUUUUACUGCCGACAGUGGUUAUCUUCAUUUUUGCACUCAUAAAAAUGUUAACUUAAAACGUUUUAUGAUGGCGACGGUUUGACCCCGGAAUGGAUAAAUUCUGCUACCAAUAUUUCCAAUAUUUCAAAUUCAACAAAAUAGAAACGGCGAGCGUACUGCGUGGAAUCCUAAAUGUUCCACUGUAGCUGUUUGCAGCACUUGCAUUUGCACUUUUUUAUUUCAAGGCCGUACCAACAUGGACACGUUUCAUUUUGAAAUACUUCAGAGUGCGCCUGGAUUUUACCAGUUGUCAGUAAACUAAGUCUAGUUUGUGUGAAUAGUACUUGUUGUUGAAUACAUCGGACCCUUGUGGGAAUAGCACAUCUACUCUAAUGUACAUACAGAGGAACCUCCUGAAAACUAAAGGAUCAUCACCAAAUAUUGUGUAUGUAAUGAAAAGUUCUUAUCUUUCUACCGGAGUUUGUCAGAGCGCCUUUCUGUCAUCUUGGGUAGGAAUCGUUGCGGUCCAUUUGCACAAAUAUUGCGAGUCCUAGAGUGUAAACACAAGCCAGAAUGUUCUUUUGCUGACGAUACAAGUCUUUUUUUAUUUUUAUUUUUUGUUAUUAUGGCUCUAUAAUCAUGAUCAAAUGUUAUACUGGCAAGAUAGGUUCCCGCGUAAGACAUAUUCAGGGUACAGAAAUGUACAGUCUAUGUUGUGUAAAUAUAUACUAUUUAUGCAAAAAAAGUGUUAAUUGUAUCUUAAUGUUUGUGCACAGACUUCAUGUAACAAACAAUGUUUGUUUAAAAACUGAACAAAGCACACCUCAAUAUAAUGUAACAGCGCACUUGUUCCAUCUGCUCAUGUUAGUCUUUGUUUCAUGUAAAAAAAAAAAAAAAAAAGAAAGAAAAAGACCUCAUCUGUAAAGAAACCUCCCAACAAGCCCGCUUGUCUGUGGAAAAAGUAACUUUUUUUUUCUUUCCUUUUGAAAUGGAAUCAUUGUUUCUGUUGACCUGGGAGAAUGUUACACAGCAUUGACAUGUAACAAUUAAAUCUGUGUUUCUGGAAAUAUGCAAAAA